AGCAUUCUUCAUAAUGUCGCACAGUGCUCAGAUGAUCACUCUACGUCCUAUGUGCAUUGAUGACCUCAUGCGGUUGAAUAACAUCAACCUUGACUAUUGGACCGAGAUGUAUACCACGUCCUUCUACACUCAUUACUUUACUCGAUACCCUGAAUUAUGUGUGGUCGCCGAGUGUGUUGAUGCUGAGACUAUUGCUGGUUAUAUAAUAGGCAAAGUUGAAGGUGAGGGUAUGCGCUACCACUCUCACAUAUCUGCAUUGUCUGUGGCACCUGAGUUCAGAAGGGCAGGAGUUGCUCGCCAAUUAGUUGAUUACUUUGAGAUGCUCAGUGAAAAGCUACAUAAUUGUUACUUUGCAGAUUUAUACGUAAGGGAAUCGAAUACCAUAGCAAUUGAGUUGUAUAAGGCCCGAGGUUAUGAAGUGUAUCGAACAGUAACUGCAUAUUAUCAAGGCACACCCGUUCAAGAGGAGGAGGAUGCGUUGGAUAUGCGUAAGCCAUUGAGCAGAGAUAGGGAACGGAAGUGUCUUGAAGGUGCGGGUGCUAGAGUUAAACCCGAGGAUGUUAUCUAGGUCAUCAUCAUAUUCACCUUUACUUGUUGUUUCUUAAU